GAAAGCUCAGGCCAGCAAGACUACAGCGGAAAACAUGUCGACCGAUUCUAAGCAGCGAAUUCAGGUGCCCGAGGCGUUGAGAGAGGUGCUCUUGGAGUUUUCAAUAGCGUAUCUGCUGGAACAGCCCGGAGAUGUGGUCGAUUAUGCAGUACAGUAUUUCAAUAAAUUGCAGUCGAAUCGUCAGGCCGCUGCAAAUUUCUAUCGUCCAGAUUCCCCAGAGAGCAGCAUCAUAUCACAGGAAGAAGAGCCAGUCCGCCGUUUUACCACACGCCGCAAAUCCGUAUUUGCCGAAGCCUAUGAUCCAGAAAACGACGCCGACGAUGACGAGGCCGAACGCAAGGUCUAUCCCAAAUCAGAUGAGCAACGUGCACGUCUAACCGAUUCGGUGAAGAAUGUACUGCUGUUCCGUUCGUUGGACGAUGAACAGAUGAAUCAAGUAUUGGACGCCAUGUUCGAGAAGCGAGUGCAGCCGGACGAGUUCAUCAUUCGCCAGGGUGAUGACGGCGAUAAUUUCUAUGUUAUUGAGUCUGGAGUUUACAAAGUAAUUUGUAAUGGUGAUCAUAUUUUCACUUACGACAAUACUGGAAUAUUCGGUGAAUUGGCAUUGCUCUAUAACGUACCAAGAGCCGCCUCCAUACAGGCUGUCACAGAGGGCCUACUCUGGGCCAUGGACCGUCAAACGUUCCGCCGCAUUCUAUUGAAGUCCGCUUUCAAAAAGCGAAAAAUGUACGAGACGCUAUUGGACAGUGUACCAAUGUUGAAAGCGUUGAAGUCCUAUGAACGCAUGAAUUUGGCCGAUGCAUUGGUUUCCAAGCACUUCUCUAGUAAUGAGAGAAUCAUCAAACAAGGUGACGUCGCUGAUGGCAUGUACUUCAUAGAGGAUGGCAAUGUUUCGGUGAAAAUGGAUCAAGAUGGCAAGGAGAUAGAGAUUUCGCGCCUAGGUAAAGGUCAAUAUUUCGGCGAGUUGGCUUUGGUUACACACCGACCACGCGCUGCUUCCGUCUAUGCAGAUGGAGAUGUCAAAGUUGCAUUCUUGGAGGUGCGAGCAUUCGAGCGCUUGCUGGGCCCGUGCAUGGAGAUCAUGAAGCGCAACAUUGACGACUACGAGACGCAGCUUAUCAAAAUCUUUGGCACCAAAAACAACAUUAGCGAUACACGAUAAAAAGUCUGAGUUCCAAGCAAACACACACACAACUAAGAAUACACACGCACACACACACACUGACCGCCAAAAGCGCUCACGUGCGAAGUUCACAUACACAACAACAACACCAACAAGAACUACAACUACAACAAUGCCACUCUAAAAGCGGUGGCAAUAUAAAUCUACUAAUAAUAUCAUUAAUAAUUUAAUUAAAAUCCAACUGAAGCUGCAGCAGACGCCAUUAGUACGUGUAGUUAGGAAUACAACAACAGCAGCGGCAGCAUCAACAACAACAGUAACAGCAUUAAGAGCAGCUUACUAAAAUACAAUAGUCAAUCAUGUUGAAAGUCAAAGGAGAGGAGAAUCACUAAAGUAACAACAGAAACAGAAACAGAAACAGAAUUUACAAAUGCAUCAAGUGCAACAGCAACUAAAACAGCAUAGCAUAAUACUAGACCAAACCAAGUCCAUAUUUAUUCACAAAACAUAUUGAAUUGUAAGCACAAGAAAUUAGUUUAAAGCAAGAAAGUGCUUAUGUAUGUGUAUACUAGUAUAGUAUGCGUAUGUAUGUAUGUAUGCAUGUAUGUACUAUUAUCGGCGAACGCCACACAAGCCAAUGCAUCCCUGCAAAGAGCUUCAGCUAGUCAGGAAAUGUAGAAACUCCCAUCCGGAAUCGAAGUAGACAGAAAACAACAGUCUUCUUCCAAUCAUAGAAGGAUUUUCAGAUAGAUUUCUCAGAACUGACACAAGGCUGGCAUGUUUCCGAAAUCUGACAAGCCGGAACUCAUAGGACAACAUCAUUUCGCGCCGGGAUGCAAGCGCUCGCCGCCUACAUACAAACACAAACACACAUACAUAUGUGUGCGUAAGCACUCACACAAUACAUACACACAUGCAUACAAGCAUAUCUGGUAAAGUAAGUAAAGUAUAUCUUCUAAUUUCUUUCUACUUGUUGUUUUUAUAGUUUGUAAAAUGGGAAGUAGUGGGUGUGAGCCAGGCGCUUGAAAACUUUUCUUUUGCUUACAAACAUACAUAUACAUAGAUACACACUGCUUUUCUGCCAUUCUCAAGCAAAAGCCUUGGAAAACAAAAGCAACAAAUAUAAGUAAAAACAGUUAAUUUAAAUGCUUAAACGCUGCUCUCAACCAGAGCAAGAAGAAGAAGAAAACGUAGAAGUAAGCGAACACACGAAGUCUCAGCACAGUGAGCCGUCGAGGCGAAUGUAAACCUUAAAAAGUAAAUAGUUAAAAGCAACAAAAAGCAAACACAAAACAAAACAAAACCAAACAUAAACAUAUUUAUUAGUGUAAUUAAAAGUUUCAGCGAUGCAGGCCAUUACGAGAUUGUUAAUGAGAGAACUAGAGAACUAGAGGCGGGAGAAGGCAAAAUAUGAAAGAUAGAAACAUUUUAGUGCGGACACUUCAAAGGUGGUAGUUCAUUUGAAAUGGACCGCGGUCCGCUAGGUUUUGCGAAGAUAAACACACGCACACACAUACACAUACAUACAUAAACAUAUUUGUUAUAAAUAAAAUAAUUUGUAUUAUUUAUUUUUAAUUGCAAAGCAUAUUAUGUACAUCUGGUUUAUAGCAGAGCCAUCAAACAAUUAAUAUGAUCUUAACAAAGAAGUUGUAAGCGACGUAAGUAAAAUAUAAAUAAAAACAAAAAUAUUAAAAAUAAUAUUAAAAAUUAACAAGAUUAUUGAUGGGUAAAAUCAACAUGUAAUUUGUACCGUUAUUUUGCGUUAUUUACAACUCAAACACACAAACAUACAUAGAUAUUUCCGACAACAAAGCGACGUAUUCUGAGCCACAAACCAGAAAACAAAAUAAGUUAAAAGUAAAAGACAUGAAUUAAAAUAACGGUAGAAUUGAGAAGUGCGUGCAUUUCAAUGGAAAUUAUUAAAAAUCCACGGCAAUUGUUUGUUUAUUUGCUUCAGUUUUGUUCGUUGCCACCAGAGGUGACUCGUUCAGUGUUUUCCUACUACCGAGCAACGGUACCCAGUAAAACCCGAAAAUCAUAUUGAGAGUUAGAUGGCAUAUCAACCCAUUAGAUGAGUUGCAUUUAUGGGGAAAGGUUUUUGUCACGAAUGUUAAGUCAGUUGGUCGCCGAAGAUCAGUGAAACAUGCGCACCCACCAUUAGAUGGCUACACGAUCAUAUACAUAUAUGAGUCCAUGUCCUUAAGUUCCGUCAACCUGGCGCUGAGCUGUUUAACCAGCCAGCAGUUUUUAGCUGUAUAGAAACUGGAUCGUUCUGUGAAUUAGUUAAGAUGGGAGCAUAUCAGCCAACCAUAGGUCAUGACCAUUUCCUCAACUACGCCGCACUAAUAUGGUCGCCUGGAUGCAGUGGAACGCAGAUAAUGAAGCUUCAGACUUGUCAGAACACUGCACUCCGGACUACUACGGGAUGCCUCUUGAUGUCUCCUAUUGAGCACCUACAUAUUGAGGCUCGCAUGCUCCCAGUUAAGCAUAAUGAACUCUUCUCCAGGCAGUUCGUGCCGGGAUGCUUUCGAAGAAAUCACCCCUGCAGUCACCUGCUUGGAACAUCAAGAGGUCAUUCCUCAAUUACGUCUACGACAUUAGACAGUGCGCCGACCAAACUUCGGACGCAACAAACUUCCGCAGCAUCGUUCUGGAUACUGUAGAAGGUUAAAUUCCCACUUAUCCAGAAUAGACCCCGACAUAUCCAAUAUAUGUCCUGCGUGCAAUUAGUCUCCGCAUGGCACUGACCACCUCUUUGCACGUCGAAACAGCACGUUUUUUAGGCCUUCCGUCAGAUAAUGUCGACAACAACUUGGCUAAUCCUUAACGGGGACUAGGUACCCGUUAGGACAGCAUCAACCAUUCAUCUCAACUGGAGUUAUACAUAUAUUUUUAAAAGAUACCUUAUGAUGUCCACUCGCUGACCAACUUUCACCAGAUACCGUUUUCAGUUCAGAAUUUAGAGAUUCAAAUCGAGCAAAGCUGGUUCAUCCGUUCCCUGAAUCGAAUGGAUAAGGGAUUUUCGUAUUUACCUAAAAUACGAGUAUGUACAUAUGUAUACACCAGCAAUCCUUUGUUAGUUACAACAACAGAAAUGACAAUGAGCCCAUUUGUGCAUAUACACUCACUCUCAUUAUGUAGAAAUGCGUUUGCAUGGGUGUGGAAUCGUCAACACAUACACAGGAAAUCUAUUCACACAAAUCCAACUGUAUUGUAAUUAGCUAGUAAGGACAUAUUGAAGUACUUGUAAGAAUACAAUCACCGUUUUACAUUGCACAAUCGAAAUGAGAGGAGAUCAUCAGAAGAAGUAGAAUAAACCGUAAAAAGCGUUAAAAAAUACCAAAAAUGUGAAAAAAAUCAUACAAACCGCUCCGCGUCGAUAGUGCCGCACGCUUAAGUAAGAAGAUAUUUGAUUGCGAAUGGAGGAAAAUUUGCAAAUUUCGUUUCUUCGCUUCGAUUUCAGAAGCAAAGUAAAAAUAUUCAAGAUGUUACCUUAAAUUAGAAGAAAAAAAUAUGAAAAAAUAAAAAUAAUCUUAACAUCAAAAUAAAUCCGUUGUGUGUGUGUGUAUGUACCUAUGAAUUAAUGAAUAUAUAUAAGCAAAACAAAAUGGAGUCCUAAAAGUCAGCAUGUCAUUAAUCAAUUGCGGACCUUCUUGCAACAUUGUUGGAUCCUAUUUACGUAUGUGUGUAUGUAAGAUAAAUAACUGUGAGCCUCCAUUGAUUUGAUGUACUCGAUGUGUUAACUGUAUUUUGUUCUUUUUUAUGCGUGUAACUAACUAGUCAGAGACGAACUUAAGCAAUAAUGCCCGUGCUUGUUAAACUCAUAUUUGUUACCGAUAAUCCGCAGCACCACUUCCGACGGACGAGGGUUCGAAGUGAAAACUGAGCAAACUGCGUUAAGCGAGUGUGCAUUGGCACCGACGACCCCUAACGGGAGCCGGCCAUGCCCAGAAUGAAGUUCGAAAAACACCCCAAGUGGAAGCUUAUGCCACAGCUAUCCUCCCUGAAAGUGGUGAAGCUAGCUCAGGCUGUCGUAGCCGCAGAAAGGAAGGGGAAUGUAAGCGUGAAUCGCAAUGGUCAGAUUAAAAUCAAAAUCGUUCAACCUUUUCUGUCAACACUCACCUCUGCGGCGAGAUCCUAUGGCAAUGGAUUUUCUUUUGAAUAAGACAACUUGCUUAAAGCGACACCCUUCGUCCACUCACUGCUGGCAAUCAAAUGCACAAUGUACCUUGCCCUUCAAUAUACAAAAAUAUGCAUUUCGACAUCUUCAGUUGUAAUAGUCGCAUGACCCGCCAAUGCGUUGCCAAAACUAUCUGGUCCAAGCAUACUAUUUUCAAUAGUUUCUGUGGUGGAUUUGUUAAACUUCGGGUACGCUUUUCUGUUGUCUUUCCAACUUCUUUUACAAAUUCCCUCGACUGCUGCGCACAUUCGCAGCGAAUGAAAGGAGAUAUCCAAUGAAAGUCUACUAAGGACCCCAAUCACUAGAGGGAAGUCCAUGGUCGGUGUGUGCGGUUAGGGGUCUAUAAGACCCUUGAACCCCGUAUUUUUGAGUAUGCUCAACAUGGAUUCCCCUUUGCGUUAACUUAGGCACAAACAAGACCCUCGCUAACAUGAGCUUAUUUUACCUGAACUGCACUCUAAUGAAAUAAUGUAUUUAACCGUUAAGCGAUACAAUUGAAAAGCAAUUUUCAAUUAAAUUUAAUUAUAAAUAAGUGAAAUGUGUAGUAUUUAAUACAAAAAAUAAAAAUAUUUAAAUAGUAAUUAAUAAAGAACCUAAUGAAAGGAAA